UCAAUUUACAGUACUUUAAGCGUAACUUGAAUCUCAUUAGACACGCGUCUGCCAUUCUAUGCAUCAAUUACAUCAAUGAUUCUCCUCUCCGUCUCCUCGAUCUACGAAGAACAGCUAUCAUCGCCCGUGACUUCUUCCUCGAACGUCGACGAAAAACUAACGCGUGUACAAAAUGUAAAAAGUGGCGUACAGCUUCAUUAUCGGGCAUCAUUACAGCACGGAAAUAAGCCUUGGAAAUUGAUAAAACAAACGAUUUAACGCGCCGUCGCGCACACUCCUCGAACGAUAAUCAACCGGCCAGCUACACCGUUGAUAAGCGAUUAUUCAGAGGCAUAUUACGCAUAUAAUGUGUAUGAGGAACAAGUUAGAUGACAGUGACUAAUGAGGCGGCUCGGCGUUAAUUACUAUGAAGCCGGACUUUCAAUUGGGGGUCCAAGAAGAGGCAGCCAUGCUGAUGCCUGAAAAGCCUGAAUGGCAGCAACUCUCCACGGAGGAUUCAUCAAUGUCUGGACUAGUCGGGAGUCUACGUGGCUUGGAGGAAAAUUCUGGGAACACCGGACAAUCGUAUCGCAGGAACAGCCUCGCAUUAUCUCUACACUCUAAUUUGGCCGCAUUUCCGGUUGCUAACAAUCAAGAAAUCUCGCCUUUUCAUGUAGUAGAUUCAGCGCGAAGGAGAUUUAGUAAUGUUAGCGAUGUCGUCUCCAGGAAGAUCUCUCAUACGAUUCGAUGGAGAACAGUUUCAGCAUCGAUCGAACUUACAGUGUCACAGGGCUCCUCAUUAUGUGCCCAAUAUAUUCGAAAUCGUUUGAAACGAUCUGGAAUCUUUCACCGAAAGCUUGGAUUGAAAAGAAUGAGAAGUGCUAUGUUGCUUCCUGGCGGUGCGGUUGUCGGGGAAGUUUAUCCAGAGUUAGUAUCAGUCGGCGCUGAACUCGAGAAAAUGCAUCCAAAUUUAUUCAAUCGCGUUGCACGACAAAUCGGUUGCGGUAGCUUUUCAUCGGAACAGUCUGCCAACGAGGCCAUCGUCGAAGUCUCUAGAGAGAUGAUCAGGAAUGGAGAGAUGACUUGGAGCAAAGUGAUAGCCCUUUACGCGAUUGCUGGUGGUAUUGCCGUAGAUUGCGUACGACAGGGUAAACCUGAAUAUUUACCUGCUAUACAGAGAGGUAUGACGGAUGUUUUAGAGGAAGACCUUGCUGCAUGGAUUCAAGCUAACGGUGGAUGGUCUGCUUUAACAACAAGGUACAGACCAGUAACGAACGACACAGUGUGGUACUCGCGGAAACUUGUACUGUUAUUUAUAUUCACUACUAUGGUCAUUUUUAUAAUCUCGAUAUUUUUAAAACUUUUAGUUUUGUAA